CCCAGCAGGGGGUGGCCUUGAGCCGCGCUCUCCAGCACAAACUCCAGCAAAGGUGAUCGAGCUCCGGCGGCGAUGAAGGCCACGCAGAAACUAAUGAAGGUGUUCGUGACCCGGCGGAUCCCGCAGGACGGGUUGAGGACAUUGACCGAGUCCGGAAUUUGCAACGUUGAGCAAUGGGACUGUGAUGAGCCAGUGCCUAAGGAAGAGCUGCUGAAGGGAGUUGCAGGAGCUCAGGGCCUCUACUGUAUGCUAACGGAUAAGAUCGACAGUGAGGUUUUGCAAGCGGCAGGGCCAUGUUUGAAAGUCAUCAGCACCUUGUCUGUGGGAUUCGACCAUCUUUCACUGGGAGAAAUUAAAAACCGGGGGAUCCGUGUGGGCUACACUCCUGAUGCUCUGACCGAUGCCACUGCUGAACUCGCUGUGGGUUUACUCCUUGCAACAUCUCGACGACUGAUGGAAGCAGCGGAAGAGGUGAAAAAUGGAGGAUGGACUGCCUGGAAACCCCUUUGGAUGUGCGGCUAUGGAUUGGCUGGGAGCACCGUGGGAAUUGUGGGCCUGGGAAGAAUAGGCCUUGCAAUUGCUCAGCGACUGAAGCCAUUUGGAGUGAAGCGAUUCCUGUACACUGGACGACAGCCCAGGCCAGAAGCUGCUGCCAAGAUACAGGGUGAAUACGUGACUUUGAAGGAAUUGGCUGAAGAAUCAGACUUCAUUUCCGUAUCGUGUUCCUUCAGUCCUGAAACCAAGGGAAUGUUUAACGGGGACUUGUUUUCCAAAAUGAAGAAGACAGCAAUAUUUAUCAACACAAGCAGAGGUGCAAUGGUGAACCAGGAUGACCUCUACAAGGCUCUGACCACUGGUCAGAUUGCCGCAGCAGGACUGGACGUCACCGUUCCUGAGCCCUUGCCCACUGACCACCCUCUAUUGUCACUGAAAAACUGUGUUAUACUGCCGCACAUUGGAAGUGCCACCUAUGCAACUCGAAACACCAUGUCUGUACUGACAGCAAAAAACAUCCUGGCUGGUCUGAAGGGAGAGCCGAUGCCGAAUGAACUCGCACUGUAACUAGAAGCAGAUUUGUCAAUGAGCACACUGGUAGAAAUGGUUCUUAUCUCAGUGAAUCUCAAAGAAAUUAAAUGUAAAUUAUUUUGGAAUUACUUAAAUCAAAUUGUUCAUCAAGAUUUGAAUUUAAAUCAUCAAUAAUUUGCAAUUGAAUUGCAAUUAUAAGCAAAUAAGAGUGGAAAAAGCAUUAUUUGUUCAGGUUUGAAUCCAGAAAUUAUAUCUAUCUUAUGGUACUUCAGGUUACAUGUAUCAAGUGACAAGGACAUUCAUCUCAAGAAUAAUGAAGAAUGCAAGGUUGACAUGAUGCAAAUGCCAUUUAUUCCCUUGAGGUGGAAAUCAUGAUUGUGACCCAAUUGCAUACACUCGCAUAAUAUCCAUAUCACAUAAUAAAAAGCUAUCGGUCUAAUCAGAUUAAAGUAAAUAGAUGACAGAACCAGUUGCUGUUUGUCAAAAUGUUUUCCAAUUUCUGCAAUACUUUAAAUUUUGUGAAAACAGUUCUAAUAUUGAGGCUAGACAAAAGAUGCUGGAGAAACUCAGUGGGUGCAGCAGCAUCUAUGGAGCGAAGGAAAUGGGCAACGUUUCAGGCCGAAACCCUUCUUCAGACAUUUUGUCUAAUAUGAGGCACUGUCUUGUAAUAUGUUAUCUAAAUUUUUUUUAAUCUGCCUGAGUUUAUCUAAUAUCUUUGUGCUAAUAUCUUUGUGAUUAAUACAUUGGGAAAGUGCGGCGUGAUAUAUUGGAAUGAUACCAGAGGCCAGUGCAUCUGUCCUUAACAUGUAGUGAGCAGAAACGCUCUUUGAGUGUGAUAUUAAGGCCAGCAUUUAAUUAGGCUUUUGAUUAUAAUCUUGUACCCGUCAAUGGUGUUUUAAUGAACGAUGUACGUGAAUUCCCACGUAUAUUUGAGCCACAAUUGUACCAAUUUUAUAAGAUUUAAAAGUCAGUGUUAUACACCUUAUGUGAGGACCUUCAAUACUCUUUUUCAUUUCCAAACAGCAAUGUUAUAUUACAGAACAUGCUCUCACUCUCAGAGAUGAAGAAAUAAUUAAGUUGGAGGAACAUGACAUCACAGUUGUUAAUGGGAAUGUUAAUAAUGAUCACUUUAUGUGGAUCAGUCAAAAGCAAACUAGGUUACGUGUGAUCAACUUGCCCAGACCCAUUAAUGUACAAAUAUAGUUCAUUCAUUGUGCACAUUUCAUUGUCAACAGCCAAGCUUUAGAUUGACUUGGCUGCUUGGGAAUAUUUGGCAACUCUGUACACUCCAAUCCCAUUGAAUUAUGAAUUUAAAGUCAAGACAAAUUAGCAAUUUGGAGAUAUCUGAAAGAUCCCAGAUCCUAUAUAUUGGUAUUGGGAAUAACAAAGGAUUGAUUGGUUAUCAGUCAUUGGGAAAUAUUUAUGUUAUCCACACCCUCAGAGGACACUCUUUAUUCAUUUUCGAAGUUGUACUUGUACACACUCCUAAUUUUUACUGAGUAACCAUCACUGCUGUAAACAUGCAAGUCUGUUAACAUUAAAAUGAUAAAAAUGAAAA